AAGCCUGUACUCCUCCUCUGGGACUACUUCUCUGGACACUGGUUCAAGGAAGUCAUCCAGUGCGCAAAGGAGCUGAAGGUGGAGUUGCUCAAGGUUCCACCGGGGGCGACGUCUGUCUGCCAGCCCGCGGAUGCUACGUGGAACGGGCCUCUCAAAGCCCGUCUACGACUGCUCUGGAUCGAGCAUUUGAAGGCCCAGCUUCUCGACCGAGACCCGGCCAUUGCGUUCAAGCUGAAGCCCCCCACCAGAGCCGAGAUAUGCAACUGGGUGAGCUCGGCCUGGAAGGGCAUGCCUGCUUCCAUCAUUUCCGGGGGAUAUCGUAAGUGCCAUCUG